UAAUCCUCUUCCGGUUGGUCUUCUCACUCGGACAUUCGCCCUCCUUGAGCCCACACGCGGAACAGCACCACGAGAGGGGGAGAGAGAGAGAGAGCAGUUAUGUCACAUCAUUUUCGCGCCCUCAUCCACAGCCCAUCUCUUCCCGUGCCUUUCUCCCACGGAGUCGGAGUCAGUGCAGCGUCGCCCUCGAGAGCUCCGCGGCUUCCGAGGGCGAGGGCGUCCGUGGAGAAGAGAGAGCAGGCGAUGGAGGAGCCAGGCGGCGCGGCGGCGCUCGGCUGGGCGGCCAGGGACGCCACCGGUGUCCUCUCACCCUACAACUUCUCCAGAAGGGUUCCGAGAGACGACGAUGUCACGAUCAAGAUUCUCUACUGCGGGAUCUGCCACACCGACCUUCACAUCAUCAAGAACCACUGGGGCAACUCCAUGUACCCCGUCGUCCCCGGGCACGAGAUCGUCGGCGUGGUGACCGGCGUCGGCGGCGGCGUGACGAGGUUCAAGCCCGGCGACACGGUGGGCGUGGGCUACUUCGUCGGGUCCUGCCGCUCCUGCGACAGCUGCGGGAAGGGGAACGAGAACUACUGCGCCGGGGUCGUGCUCACCUCCAACGGCGUCGACCGCGCGCACGGCGGCGCCGCCACGAAGGGGGGCUUCUCCGACGUCAUCGUCGUGAACGAGCACUACGUGCUCCGCGUCCCGGACAGCCUGCCGCUGGACCGCACCGCGCCGCUGCUCUGCGCCGGCGUGACCGUGUACAGCCCCAUGAUGCGCCACGGCCUGAACGAGCCCGGCAAGCACCUGGGCGUCGUGGGCCUCGGCGGCCUCGGCCACGUCGCCGUCAAGGUCGGCAAGGCGUUCGGGAUGAAGGUCACCGUCAUCAGCACGUCCCCGAGCAAGCGCCAGGAGGCCGUCGAGCACCUCGGCGCCGACGAGUUUCUGGUCAGCCGCGACCCCGAGCAGAUGAAGGCGGCGACGGGCACGAUGGACGGCAUCAUCGACACGGUGUCGGCGUGGCACCCGAUCACGCCGCUGCUGGCGCUGCUGAAGCCGCUGGGGCAGAUGGUGGUCGUGGGCGUGCCGAACAAGCCGCUGGAGCUGCCGGUGUACGCCAUCGUGCCCGGCGGGAAGGGCGUCGCCGGGAACAGCGUCGGCAGCGUCGGGGACUGCCAGGCCAUGCUCGAGUUCGCGGGGAAGCACGGCAUCGGCGCCGAGGUGGAGGUGAUCAAGAUGGACUACGUCAACACGGCGAUCGAGCGGCUCGAGAAGAACGACGUCCGCUACCGCUUCGUCAUCGAUGUCGCCGGCAGCAGCCUUGGCUCCGCCACCUACGUGUAACUGCAGAAGGUCGAAUCAGAGCCCCCCCAAUAAUUAACUAAUGGAUGAUCAUUUCCGCUUGUUGAUAAGUUCAUGUGCUUAUUGUGGGUUUGUGGCUCUGAUGGUUUGGUGUGUACAAAUAAGAGAGACAUGGUGUUCAAAUCUUUGCUUAAGUACAUGGAGAGAAGGUUGAGUCAGA